AACAAGCUCACUGGUUGGAAACCAAAACAACCGGUCCGCUUCGCGUGCAGUAAUAUCGUUGGAUUCUCCUUAUGUUUUGAAGAUGGCAAGGUCAAAAACUGACACUGCAAAGAACCAUACUGAAACAAAGACGUCGCAACCAUCUUGGCUACGAAACCUAUGCGGAUUUGAUAUCUCUGAUUUUACGUCAUGGAAUGCAUUUGUUCGACUCUUGCAUCAGCCCAGAGACCCUGCCUCCUUGGCAGUGAUGAGGAUACUAUACGGGACAUUAAUGUGUCUUGAUGUCAUCAUGGAGCGGGGAUUGUCCUAUGCUGAUGUCCAGUGGGGAGAUCCUGACGAGUGCCGAUUCCCGCUGUUUAAUUUCCUUCACCCCCUCCCCCUGAAAUGGAUGUACAUUGUAUAUUUGACAAUGUUUACAUGUUCUCUAGGUAUCCUCCUAGGCUUCAUGUACAGAAUCUGCUGCGUGGGUUUCAUGUUAUGCUAUUGGUAUAUCUUCUUUUUGGAUAAGACAUCCUGGAACAACCAUUCUUACAUGUUUGGGUUGUUCGCAUUCGUUCUUUGUUUCAUGGAUGCUAAUAGAUGCUGGUCUAUAGAUGGAAUUAUAUGGCCUAAAAUGAGACAUUCCCAUGUCCCAUUAUGGAACUACACAAUCCUAAGGACACAGGUGUUCAUGGUAUAUUUUGUUGCUGGUCUUAAGAAGACAGAGUUUGAUUGGGUUGCAGGUUAUUCCAUGGUGCAUCUCUCAAAGCACUGGGUCUUUGAACCAUUCAGAUUGGUUUUGACAGAUGAUCAGAUUGACUUGUUUGUAGUCCACAUUGGCGGCUUCCUCCUUGACAUAUCAAUUGGAUUUGUCCUGUUCUUUGACGCAACCAGGAUAUACGGCUUCAUAUUCGGAGGCUCAUUUCAUUUAAUGAAUUCACAGCUUUUUUCUAUAGGUAUGUUCCCAUGGACUAUGAUAGCAACAAUGCCAUUAUUCUGUUAUACUGACUGGCCACGCCAUCUGGUGAAAAAACUAUCCAAAGGUCAUAUAGAUGUCACCGCAGACCCCUUAGAACAAUCGCAACACUGCUUGUAUGACAAGGAACAGAUCAAGUCAGAAGAAAAGUCUGCUGAAGAUAAUGGGGCUACAGCAGGACAAUCGAGAAUUCUAGGCCCAAGUAGAAGUGGGGAAUACCACAAGUAUAUGUCUAUGUUCGUACUGUUCUAUAUUACCACACAGUGUAUUCUGCCCUAUUCACAUGGCAUAACUAAGGGCUACAAUAAUUGGACAAAUGGUCUCUAUGGUUACUCCUGGGAUAUGAUGGUGCAUAGUUGGAGGAACCAACACAUCAGAUUGACAUAUGUGGACAAUUCUAAUGGAGAGGUUGGAUACCUUAAACCUGAUGGGUGGACAACCACGAAGCGCUGGAGUUCACAUGGUGACAUGUUAAAACAGUAUGCAAUGUGUAUUCAAGAGAAGAUGACACAAUAUGACCUUAAUAAUGUUUCAUUAUAUUUUGACAUUUGGAGGUCAAUGAAUGGUCGAUUUCAACAAAGAAUGUUUGACCCCCGGGUUGACAUGGUAACAGCCCAGUGGCAUCCUCUCAUGGACACAUCAUACUUGAUGCCCAUGUUGGCAGACUUGUCGGACUGGAGAGGAAAACUGAAGGAAAUUGAGGAUUCACUCAUUGAGAAGACCAAUGAUACAGAUGUAGUCUUUGUAGCUGAUUUUCCUGGUCUUUAUCUUGAGAACUAUGUUCAACCUGAUCUUGGCAAUACGAGUAUAACAGUGCUACAUGGAGAGGUCAAGGUCACUUUGGUGGAUGACAACAACAGAAAUGUAACACUUACAGUCAAUCAGAGUAUGCAGCUACCUGCAGAUGCAUACCAUCUUGUGACAACAGUCUCAGACACUCCUAGCUGUUAUAUGUACAUAUUUGUUAAUACUACAGAGAACCAGUAUAUCAAAAAUGUUACCAAGUUUGAGGAUGAACUUAGUGAAGGGAGAGAAGAUUUCAAUCUAACAGCUGCUCUUGACGAAGCAGAAGUAGAAGCAAGAAAGACUGAUGACCAACUUACACUUGCUUAUUGUGCUACUAUACGAGAGCGGGAGGGUUUCAUACAAAAAGCACAGAAAUCAACACUGCAGAAUAUAUGGCUGGCUACUAAAGAGUUCUGGCUCAAAAAAUAUUUUACUUUUACAAGAAGCAUUCAGAUGACAUGGAUUGCAAUUAGAAGCAUAUUUAAUGGAACAACAUUUGAGUACACCCAAGACAUUUUAAUGCCAAAUGAUUUUAUAAUGGAGUCGAGCAUUGAUUAUACUACAUAG